UCUACCAUGGGUGCACGCAUUCGAUCGUAGUGGCAUGCGAUUCGAAGCAGGCGGUUUGCGAUUCGAUGCAAACGGCACGAGAUUCGAACGUAGAUGGAAACAGGUGUAAAUGAGUAUUGUGUUGGGUUUGAAAAUUCCUCUUAAAUUCGUCAGACUGCAAACUGGAAGGUUCUAGUUUUUUGUUUCAAUCGAGUAUUGUGUUCCGAAUGCUGGCUAUUGCAUUGGGCUAUUGCCACAACUUACUGGCGAAGCACUGUAAUUAAAAAGCAGAAAAUAAUAAAAAAUCUUUUAGUUCAAAGAGUUUGUACGUGUUUUCCGUAUCCGUGAGAAGAAAGUGAGUAGUACAUGAGUACAGUACUGAUUUCUUUCUAUUUGUUUACAGCAAUAUCUAACUAUGCCAUUCUCAAUAGUGCAAACCCGUGGGCCUAAAGGGUACGCUGAAUUAAGCAUUGUUCCUGAUUCCUGGGUUCAAGGCACUAGCCAUAAAAAAACAUAUCUGUUUUGGCCAAACGUAAAGGAAACAUACAACAUCAUUUUAAAAGAACAAAAGAAAAUAGUGAGUCGUAUCGGCAUAAUCGAAGUACAAUUAAAUACUUUACUUAAUCAUACCGUAGUAAGUACUACUAAUCUCACUGGUUUUGACCAUCCAUUCGUAGACAAUGCCGAAGAUCUGGAAAAAUUUGAAAAAGAUUUAGAUGAGGAAGAAUAUUAUACCCAAGUAGUAAGCUUAUUGAAACAAAAAAUUAUUGAUAAAGAUAUAAACAACAGAAUGUUAGCAACCCUUGAUGCCCUUUUCGAUAGGAGUUUCUUAACAAAGUGCACAUGGACAGGUAUUUCUAAAUCAGGAACUAAAAUAGCAAUGCAUUCAUUUAAAAAUGUAGUAAAUCUUUUUAAAUGCGUAGGAAGUACUAACCUUGUGCCAGUCACAGAUGAAACGGUGCGAGGUUUCUUCAUGAAUAGAUUGAAACACGCAUUAGAACGAUCUAAGGCCAAAGGUCCACGCAAAUCAACUAGCCGUAAAGGAAAAUUAAUAUAAAUCUUGUCUACAUUUAAGAAACAUAAAACCUUUCAUUUAUUUGCCUUACUUACUAUAUAAAUCUAGCUCUAACAUUUUCUAUUCCAAUACAUGAAAUUAAACUUAGGUUAACGUGUGCAACAAUGGAAUAAACAAAUAAUCAGAACUAUUAUCUACACUAUACGCAACUAAUUUGCAUUUAAUAUCGCCAGGAUGACAAACUAGUUCGUUAGUAUAAAAAAGUAUAAAGUAUAAAAUUUCUCAUUUGCAAGAUGGUAUCCCCAUUUGGUUUGGUUUUGGUUGAUAUGCAAAAUUCUUUAUGAUUCAUAGAACGUAAAUCAUGACUAAAUGCUUCCAAUUCCGAUAGUCUAUUUACUAUUUGUUGAAGAUGCUGAUCUGCUUUGCGAAGAUGUUUUUUUAAACCUCCCAGAGCAUUUUCAAAAUCAUAGGUGGAAAUUAAAGGUAAAGGACCGAACUUUUGUACUUCUUUUGAGAUGUGAAUUAAGUUGUGCACAUUACUGGUUAAAAAUUUCUCUCCGUACAGUUUACCGAAAUCUUCAACAUAAACCUUAAGCAUUUCACCAGCGAUUUUCCAAUUAGAACGAUAAACUUCGGAAGAUAGCAAAACUAUGGCACAAAACAAGAGUUUGAAGUGCUCAUAUUCUUUAUCAGGCAAAUUAUCUUUCAAAAUAUAAAUGCUAAGAUAGUUAAAAAAAACUAUGGAAUUGGGUACCUUUCCAAAAUUUGAGGUCUUCUAGUGGACCAAGUUUUCGAUGG